GCCUAUGCACUUCUGCUGUGAGACACCAGCAGCGAGCAGAGAGUGCAGUCGAGAGCAGUCUCUUCACACGCAGCUCAGCCUUGUGACAUCCUCCGCUCCGUCUGGGAGACGAAAAACUACUCCUUUCGGAUAAGCCGUCUUCUCAUCAGGCGUGUUUAUGGUUUGGACUGAAGAUCUCGCCAUGUCUCGCACCGACGAGGUCCAUCGCAUUACGGAGAAUGUGUACAAGACAAUCAUGGAACAGUUCAAUCCCUGCUUGCGAAAUUUCGUUGCCAUGGGGAAGAACUAUGAGAAGGCCCUCUCCACUGUGACGUUUGCUGCCAAGGGCUACUUCGAUGCUCUGGUACGGAUGGGGGAGCUGGCCAGUGAGAGCCAGGGAUCCAAAGACCUAGGGGAUGUGCUCUUUCAAAUGGCUGAGGUCCACCGACAGAUUCAAGUGCAGCUAGAGGAAAUGCUGAAGUCCUUCCACACUGAGCUGCUUUCAGAGCUGGAGAAGAAAGUGGAGCUGGACGCUAGAUACCUGACUGCGGCUCUGAAGAAGUACCAGAUGGAGCACAAGAGCAAAAGCGAGAGCCUGGAGAAGUGUCAGGCUGAGCUGAAGAAGCUGCGUAGGAAGAGCCAGGGCAGCAAGAACCCGUCCAAGUACAACGACAAAGAGCUGCAGUAUGUGGAGACCAUCAGCAGUAAGCAGAGUGAGCUGGACACCUUUAUUGCUGAGGGCUACAAGACGGCUCUGUCGGAGGAGCGCAGGAGAUAUUGCUUCCUGGUGGACCGCCAGUGCGCCGUAGCCAAGAACAGCAGCGCCUACCAUGGCAAGGGCAAGGACCUGCUCACCCAGAAGAUUCCAGUGUGGCAGCAGGCCUGCUCUGACCCCAACAAACUCCCAGAGAGGGCCAUGCUUUUGGUCCAGCAGAUGGCAUCCGGGUCGAGCACCCUUCUGUCCAGCCCCCUGCACUCUUCCAAGGGCAACCUGGUCAUCUCUGAUCCCAUCCCUGGAGCGCAGCCCCUUCCCGUGCCCCCUGAGCUGGCCCCCUUCAUAGGCGGCGGUCUGGGUCACCAGGCGAGGCUGAUGGGGCCUGAUGGCAUGUCUCUGGUCAAUGGGACGACAGGCUUGCAAGGGGAGGAUUACUGGGGAGAUGGGGGCGUGUCUCAGGGAAGACCUGCCUCCCCACAGCCCCAGUCCCAGCCUCAACCACAGAGACAGGUCAGCGACGUCUACUCCAACACCCUGCCCGUCCGCAGACCCCAGCCUGCCAAGAACAAGGCCUCCGUGGGCGAGACACGGACUCUGCCCAGGUCCAGCUCCAUGGCGGCAGGGCUAGAGAAGAACGGGCGCUCGCGUGUGCAGGCCAUAUUUUCCCAUGCUGCUGGUGACAACAGCACACUGCUUAGCUUCACUGAGGGUGACAUCAUCACGCUCCUGGUGCCUGAGGCUCGAGAUGGCUGGCACUAUGGAGAAAAUGAGAAGAACAAGAUGCGAGGCUGGUUCCCCUUCUCUUAUACACGAGUGCUACCUGACAGCGACAAUGACAAGCUAAGAGUGAAUCUACAUCAUGGAAAGAGCAGCAGCACGGGGAACCUGCUGGAGAGAGACGACACGUCUCUGCCCAUGCCUGACUACGGCCUGACCGCCCGUCUGCUGGCCCAGAGCCUCACACAGAACCGCCCGCGCCCGUACAGCAUGGCUGGCUUCACACAGCCAGCGAUUGAGGAUUAUGACAGUCAUUUUGCCGCAAGUGACCGCUCCCUGGAGGUCUACCUCAGAUCAAACAUGAUGGAUGACCGCACCGCUCCUCUCUUCUACUAGAGUGGCCUGCUUAUGGCCUGCUCUCUGCCGCCCUCUUCUGUUCUGUGUUUGUUGGUGCAACAGCACACACAAGCUUAAGACUCUGGGGCCGGUAGGGAUACAGGCCCGGAACGCUCCUGGCUCUAAGGAUUACACUAAUUUUUUUUCCAUAUUAGCUUCAUAAAUAUUGUUGUAUAGUGAAAAAUUUUGGUGUAUAUAAUGAUAUCAACAAAUGCCAACUUCAUUCAGAGCCUCAGACAAGGGGCGCUAGCUGUAUCUGUGGGGAAAUUUUUAUAGAUCAGUGCUCUUAAUUAUUCCAUGAUUAUGAUGUACAAUUUUGUGUUGGUUUAGGUUUUGAUUAAAAAAAUGCUAAUAAUAAAAUAGGAAAAAAAAUCUAAAAUGAGUCAUGAAAGGAUGGCUUAUUCUUUCUCAAAGAUAGGUUAAGAGUUAAAGGAAGAGCUUGACCAGACAUGCUGAUGUGGCUAGCGGUGAAUGGAAGUUAGUAGCCACCAUUUAGCAUCAUUUUAUUAUUCAUAAUUCUAAGAAGUGGCUAUUCGUUUUUAUCCAUUUCUAGUAACGUUAGCAUUUUUGACCGAACCAUUCCUUUAAAUGUUCCUUUUUGUUUCAUCCAUCAUUUGUAUUUCAUCACAGUAGGCCUUAGCCUUUCACAUCUUUAUUUUGCCAAUGGGUAAUGACCUUGGAUUUGUAUAAGAUCACUGUUAUUAAGGCUCUGUCUCCCCAUACUUCUGCACCACCAGUCUUUCCCAUAGGAAGUUGCUGUAAAUAGAGUCUUCACUAUGGCAAAAUCUCCAGUUGGAGACAUUAAUUAGACAGACUCUCCGUAAUGAAUAUUUAGCCAUCCUGUCUCAUCUAAUGCUUCAAUAUAAAGCUCUAGCAAUCCCUCUGUAUGUUCCCUGGCUGGGAAAGCUUGUAUAAAAUGUGUUUUCUAUAGGUAAUGAGCACCAACAAGGGUUUGUGCCUUCUACCGCUCUAGGCUGUAGCGGUGCAGCUGUGAGGAAAAUCCACAUGCUCACGUGCAAAGGGAAAAAAAAAAUCUGAUUCUUUUGUAUUGUUUGCUUAUUUUUGUUUUAAUUUUGUUGAUUAUAGGUAGUAUAACACAAUUGAAACUAUGUUUUGUUGCUUACAAACAGUCUCAACUUUAACUAUGUUGUACAUUUUUUUUUCUUCUCUCAGAUGGAUAUUGUUUCUUAGUUCAGAAUUAGAUUUAUGGGGCUAAAAUGCACACGCAUACUCGCUUACAAAAUAUGGUUAGUGUAAAUACAAUCUCUUUUCCCAAUGAAAAUAUUAAGUACAUGUCAAUAUUAAUCAAAAAAUGCACAGUCUUAUCUUUAUAUCAGAACUGUUCUGUAGGCUUAGCACUGGUACCUUAAACCUAUACUAUGUAAGAUUUGAACUCACGCCUAUGAGCUCCAUUUAAUAACUAGUGUUGGUUGUAAUGAAUGUUUUGCAGCAUUUCUGUUUUUGUGGUUUUUCUAUAAUGCACAGGACAUAUGUGUCUAUGCUGUCAAAGAUGCUUACAAAGAUAGUUUAGAUGUAGAAAUGCUGCAGUUGACUCAAUGACUGUACCUACUGUUAAAAAAAAAACAAUGUUCUGUUGUCACCAGUUCAGUUUGUUGCGUUUCUCUACAUGAGCCAACAUGAUAGAGCUUAGACGUAAGACUACUGCAGCAUUCAGUUGGAUGCUUCUAGUUUAAAUCCUACAUAGUAUAACCUUCAUGUACGUGUAGUGUAUCCUGGCCUCACUUGAGAGUUUACAGCUAGACAGGAAACAAAGUUGUCAUGUCUGUUUGGAAAUGUGUGGUAUUGACUGGACUGAAUCGGGAGAAUGUGCGCGCGUGUGAAAAGUUGAAAUGGGCCAACAUUUUUGUAACAUGUCAGAUUUGUUUUGGCUUUUUGUCUUUGUUCUGUUCACUCUUAUUUAUGUCCCUGCAUUUUACAAGUAAAUAUUUUUGUCCUUUGUGAAAUAAAAUGCUGAAAGCAAGUGU